GCUGCUUAUUAAAGUAUUCGGCCAAUUUUAGAUUCCGUGAAAGUUAUUUGAAAUUCUCUUGACACAAAGUGCUUAUAAAUAUAAAUCGGAAGCAGUGGGGGUUUUAUGGCCAAUGAAACUGACAGUGAAACCACAGACUGCAGGGCAGGCGGUUCUCGGGAUUCAGCUGUAGUGACGUUCGGCUCUGAACAGCCAGACCGAUGCAGUGUAGUUUUGAAAGUAUCAGACCUAGAAAACAGUCCCAUGUGCAGGAUAUGUUACAAUGGAAACAGCAGAGAGCGACUUCUGAAACCGUGCCAGUGCAAAGGAACGAUUAAGUAUGUUCAUCGUAACUGUCUCGAGAGGUGGCUAGAAUCAACAAACUGCGAAACGUGUGAACUGUGCCAUUUUCAUUUCCAUACAAAAAGGACUCGCAAGAGUUUCUGGGACUGGUGUCGUCAACCAGAAACGCAAAACGAAAGAAGAAAUUUCUUGGGAGAUUUCGCAUGCUUCGCUUUUCUCACUCCUUUGGGUAUUGCCACAUUCUGGCUGUGUGCGGAAGGAGCGAUCUAUUACCAAAAAGUGAAGAAUUCGACGCUUGAAACUGUGGCACUUGUGAUUCUAGCUUUAUUUUUAGUCUUCGCAUACCUCACUUGGAUCACACUCUGUUCCAGAUAUCAUCUGACAAUAUGGAACCGAUGGCGAGAUCAUAACUGGAACGUGCGCAUCGUUGAUCGGACUGGACGUGAUGGAAACGUAGAGGAUGCUCAAGAGACUGCUAUUAACAUUCCUCUUCAAUCCAGCGAAGACCUACUGCGCCCAAUAAUCCUCCCUCCGGAACUGCCAAUUAGAAACCAACCUGAACCAACGUUACCCAGAGAUGAAUCGCCUAUGGAACCCACACGCUGUCUACCGAACUUUCGUUUAUUAUAUACUUCUCGAACGUCAAAUGUGUAAUAUUCCUAAGUGUCUCCAAUAAAGUAUGUUCUCAUAGAA